AUGAUACGUUAUUCAAUUAGUUAAGUGAAAAUUUAAUAAACUCCUUAUUUUUAAAGAUUAAUUGAAAAUUUUGACUCUGCUUUAAAGGAAGUUAAUACUUUAAAUAUUUUGGACCAUCUGCACAUGAUACUACACUUGAUUGUUUAUUAUCAAACUUAAAUUAACGAGUGCUUAAUGUUAGGCUGA